AUGUAUAUGCGGCCAUGGAGGUCUGCGCUAGUGGUCAAGAUGCUAGGAGGAUCGACGUCAUAUACAGUAUUAUCGGGACGCUUGAACUUCUUAUGGGCAAAAUCAGGAGGUAUUCAUAUUACGAAUAUAAGGAAUGGCUAUUACUUAGUCAGGUUUACGAGUGGCUUUGAUUUCGAAAGAGCACUGACGGGUGGUCCAUGGAUGAUUGGAGAUCGGUACCUCAUGGUACAUGUGUGGGAUAAGCAUUUUGACCCAGAUAGUAAGGAAAUUUCCUCAACUCUUGUCUGGGCUCGUCUCCUUGAACUUCCCAUUCACUUUUUUCAUAAAGAAGCUGUUAUGAGGAUUGGUAAGAGGAUCGGGAAGCCGGUACGUGUGGACAAGGCCACUGAGGAGGGAGCACGAGGAGAAUACGCUAGGAUCUGUGUCCAGGUUGAUUUAACAAAGCCCUUGCUGUCCAAUUCCGCAUUGAUGGGAAGAAAUAUUUUAUACAAUAUGAGGGCUUGGACAGAGUCUGCUUGA